AUUAGCUAUAAGUGCAAGAAGUGUUCUGUAUUAUGUUCAUUACGUCUGACAGCUUGUAGUUUAGCUGUUUCUAUAUUUGUAUUUAUAUAUUGUAUAUUGUAUAUUGUAUAUUUGUAUAUUGUAUUUAUGAUCCAAUCAAUUAUAAUUGUACGUUAGGAAUUAAACAGAUAUCUUAAAUAUGGUAUAUCUGCACUUUCCAACUAAUCUCACGGAAGAGGAAUUAAUGCUUCAAACGAAAUAUGCAAAGCUUAAGAAAAAGAAAAAAGCACUGCAGGCAUUGAAAGCACCUCGACCAGAACCAGAACGUACACCACAAACUCCAAAGCGUCCAGCAGAGGCUCGGGAUGCACGUGAAGUGGCAAGGAAACUUCUUAAAUCAGGGGCUAUUACAGCCAUUACAAAGACUCCUAAGAGACCUGAACAAGCAGGAUUCAAAAGACCUAGAGGUCUUGAACGGAAACUGUCUAGUACAGAACGUACCAUAAGUGGAUACCAACCUUUCUCUGCGACACAUCCUGAAGACAUGGAAACAGAUAACCGCCCCAAAGUUAAGAACUUGUAUGACAGCUUUGUAUCAGCCCGUGAUCGUGAGGAGAGAGGUCUGACUGAAAAACGCGAUGGUCGUGCUGAUAAACCUCGGCAGGGUAACACAAUUUUUGUGUCAGGACAUGAAAUAACUGAAGAUUUCCUGAAGAAAACUUUCCAUUCAUAUGGCAACAUUGUUAAUGUGACUGUGGAAAUAGAGAAAAAUCAUGGUUUUGUUACAUUUGACAAAAUGGAGGCAGCUGAUCAAGCUAUAACAGAGAUGCAUCAUGGUAUGGUUUCUGGCGUACAGUUAAAAGUUUCCCUUGCCAGAAGACAACCUGUGAUUCAACCAAUCAAUGAUGCAGCAUCUGCUGCCACAUGGUCAACAAUAGCUGCAAGUCAUUCACAGAAAGGAAGCCACAGGGACAGGAGAAAAUUGAUUGUUUAUGAAGAGGGCUUUUUCGAUUAACCUGGAGACUAGAGACAAGGUUUGACAUCUGUGUAUAUAUAAGAAACAUAUAAUUUUAAUUUAUCCAAAAAUUAUAUGUAUAUUCAAAGCAAAUAGAUAAUGUAAUUAAAAAUUACUACUCACGUAUCUGUAGCAAUAACAGUGUUGAAGUAGAAUGAGUUAGCUCAAGCAGUACUUGCAA